AUGGCGAUCGUGACGGUCCAAAGCAUGGCCGGGGCAACGAUGCUGGCGCCCUUGGCGAUCGAACAAGGAGUCGCCGAGUUGAAGCGGCACUUGAGGGCCUUGCCACAAUGCGCUGAAGGGGAUUUGAGCCUCCUCCUCGAGGGCGAAGUCCUCACCGCGGCGUCGCCGCUGAGCGGUGGCAGUUGGGAGGAUCCCUUGCUGAUCACCGCCUUGGUCACGGAGCAGACCUACCAGGUCGUGGCUUGGGGUCAGCACACUCUCUCCGCCUCCUGGAGGAGGGUGUCUCCGCAGCUGACUUCUGGCGUGCUCAGUGUGACCUCCGGGAUGGGCAACGCCUUUGCGGCGCGGAAAUCGGGUGGCCAGGUCGUUCCUGGGCGUUGA